GAAGUCUCGCGAGAGCAGCUAUCUUCAACCCUCCCGUGAGCCUUUGCGGUUCCUCUUUCCUGCCGGCGCCUGAGAAUGGGUAUCUCAAGGGAUAACUGGCAUAAACGCCGCAAGACCGGCGGCAAACGCAAGCCCUACCACAAGAAGAGGAAGUAUGAGCUCGGUCGUCCUCCUGCAAACACAAAGAUCGGUGCCCGUCGCAUCCACACAGUGAGGGUCCGUGGUGGGAACAAGAAGUACCGUGCUCUGAGGUUGGAUGUUGGAAACUUCUCGUGGGGCUCUGAGUGCUGUACACGCAAGACCAGGAUCAUCGACGUGGUCUACAAUGCCUCAAACAACGAGCUGGUCAGAACCAAAACCCUGGUGAAGAACUGCAUCGUCCUCGUCGACAGCCUUCCCUUCAGGCAGUGGUAUGAAUCCCACUACGCCACUCCUCUCGGUCGCAAGAAGGGAGCCAAGCUGACUCCUGAAGAGGAGGAAGUCCUGAACAAGAAGAGGUCAAAGAAGACUCAGAAGAAGUACGACGAGCGUAAAAAGUUGUCUAAGAUCAGCACUCUCCUGGAGGAGCAGUUCCAGCAGGGAAAACUCCUCGCUUGCAUCGCCUCCAGACCGGGUCAGUGCGGCAGGGCAGACGGCUACGUUCUGGAGGGCAAGGAGCUGGAAUUCUACCUGAGGAAGAUCAAGGCCAAGAAAGGCAAAUAGAUGUACAGCUGUUUGAUACGUCAAUAAAAGUCCACUCGUCCCACAUU